GCUACUAUUUAUAGAUAGAUCAAACUCCUUCCUUUGCUUUUAUGUUAUGUUAUUGGCCUCUCUUAUUUUUACCUAUUCUCCAAUUUUCUUUCUGUUUCUUGGUCUCCCUCAGUAUAAAUUUCAAUACAUAGCAUCUCUCAACUCCAAGAAAUAUCUUUGCUUACAGUUUCUUCCUCAAGGUUAUUGUUAUUCUUUCUUGCUUUUUUUUUUUUUCUUUUUCAUCUUUUUUGUAGAUCAACCCUAGACUUUAUCCAACCUUUCUUUAUUCAAACCAAUCAUUUAGUAAAAACUACUGCUCAUUUCAAUUGCAUUUCUUGGUCCUAAAAAGAUUUAAAGAGGUAGAUUUAAAGAAAUCAAAUCUUGGCCUUGCUUAAUUAUUGGUUUCCAGUAAUGAAUCAUCCAGACCGAGUAAAGGAAGAGUAUGGAGGAGGAGGAGGAGCUAGUUCAUCUUACUCGGGCAUGACAUCUACAGGUGCUCCUCAGCCAAGGGAGGGAUUACAUGAUUCAGGACCUCCUCCUUUUCUCACAAAAACUUAUGACAUUGUGGAGGAUAUAAACACAAACCAUAUAGUUUCUUGGAGUAGAGGUAACAAUAGCUUCAUUGUUUGGGAUCCACAAACCUUUGCCAUGAGUCUUCUACCCAGAUAUUUCAAGCACAAUAAUUUCUCAAGCUUUGUUAGGCAGCUUAACACAUAUGGGUUUAGAAAGGUUGAUCCAGAUAGAUGGGAGUUUGCUAAUGAAGGGUUUCUAAGAGGGCAAAAACAUCUUCUCAAGAAUAUUAGAAGGAGAAGAACUGCUCAAUCUCAAUCUUCUCAGCAAUCUUUAGAUGCUUGUGUUGAAGUUGGAAGGUUUGGAAUAGACGGUGAAGUUGAUAGAUUAAGGAGGGAUAAACAGGUUUUAAUGAUGGAAUUAGUGAAGCUUAGGCAGCAACAACAGAAUACAAAAGCUUGCCUUCAACUAAUGGAACACAGACUUAAAAGGACAGAGACAAAACAGCAACAGAUGAUGAGUUUCUUGGCUAAAGCAAUGCGAAAUCCGAACUUUGUCCAGCAGUUAGUCCAACAAAAGGAUAAAAUGAAAGAACUUGAAGAUGCAAUUAGGAAAAAGAGAAGGCGGCAUAUUGAUCAAGGCCAGCCUAUUAAUGCUCAAGUUGGAGAAUAUUUUAUAAAGAAUGAACCUCAGGAAUUUAUUGAUCAUUCUGGAUUUGAAGUUUCGGAGCUGGACAAACUAGCUGUGGCAAUGCAAGGAGGAACUGGAAGCCAACACAAUUACUUGGAAGAAGAAUGUAUAGAGAGAGAAGAGGAACAGGUAGUAGAUCAUAAUUAUAAAGGUAAAGAACUUGAUGAGGGAUUUUGGGAUGAUUUAUUGAAUGAGGAUGUUGGGGAAGAAAUUGGUAUUUUGGAUGAUGAAAAUGAAGACAUUGAUGUUUUGGUUGAGCAACUUGGUUACUUGGGUUCUAGUCCAAAUUAAGUAGAGAACUAUGUAUUCUGCUGCUAAUUUUUUUCUUGCUUGCAGAUUCAGUCAUGAGCCGAUCAGUAUGGAAGAGUCUCAUCUAACUUUCUAACCUUCUGGUCCUUUUUUUAUCUUUUUGUGGAGGUCAUUUGCUUUUUUUGUUCUGGGUGCUAAAAUCUUGGUGUUUAGAUGGGUUAUUUUGGUAUUCACAGGAGACUGCCUUACAUUUAGAACCUAAAGAUUGAAUUGAAUUCUCAGAAAAGCAAAAACAAAUUGUCCUAUGUUGCUUCUUUUCUAGGAUUAUUUCAUAUUGGAUAAAUACAGUUGAUGAUAGGUUCAAUCAAACAAUAUGAUCAGCACCAUUCAUUUCUUGCAUUCUUGAUGAUCUUUAAUAAUGUGAGAUUCCUGGUAUAACUUGGAAAGCAUGUUGAGUUCAUAUUCUUGAUAAUCUUCUUCUUUACACUUGUAUUUGUAUUGUUCUAUCCUUUUCAGGUUAUAAUUGUUCAUAUUCAGAAUUAGAUCAUGAAUAUAAAUCACAUUUGACAUGUUCAAUCUUCAAUGUGUUCUUAUGCUAGUGCUUCUUGUUCUUGGAAUGGCUUAUUAAGUUUCUUACAUACAUAUAACUAGGUUCUAAGUUCAUUUUCGUUUUUGCAGACUUUAACUUUAUACUCAAAAUUAAUUGUAUUUGGUUAUCAGUUUGUGUCUAUUGAAACCAAAGCUGCCUUACUGUCUCUGACAAUUUUGUUCCUUAAAAUUAAUACUUUUGUGCUCUACAUGGUUCUAGAGCAAAUAAUAAUAAUAAUAAUAAUAUUAAGACUGCAUUUAAUUCUAUAUGUUGAUGAAGUGGUCAGCAGGUGGCUUUAUCAAAAUGAUUAAAUCUUGAAAUUGUGUAGAAUCUUCGGACAAGAACAGUAUUUCAGAUCUGUGUUUUUUUUACUUGAUGCCAAAAUGUUUUCUUGAACUUUCUCGAUUAUCACUUUUAUUUAUAUAUUUAUAAAAUACUAAUAUAUUGUAUUUUGACUAACUAUUUAUCUAGCACAUUCCACUGCUACAGUAAAGUAAAGUAAGCUCGCAGCACCGUUGAUCAUGUAACAUUUUUUUUUUCGUCCUCUCUCUCUGUCUUCACAUGGUUUAUUCUAAUUAUAAAACUUUUAGAAUAAUUAAACGGCAAUUUUUUUUUUUUUUUACAGUAUUGAAAAUUCUAGUAUUUUGAAAAACUAAUGUCAAAUUAGCUGUUGAAACAUAACAAUUUUAAAUCGUGGAUUGCAGAAGAAAUUUUUAAGAAUCAAAUGGUAAUUAAUUUCCUUCAUUUUCUGUCAAACUCAUAUAGCCCUAGGGUUUAUAUGCAGACACACAAUAUUAGGAAUUGGAAGAAAGAUCAGAAAAGAAAAUUUUGCGAAACAAUGAUUUAGUGGUUUAUGAUCCCUGUUGGGUUUUCAAGAACAAUAUGUAGUCUUUGAAGAAUAAUAAGGAUGUGAUAAUGAUAAACAAGACAGUCAUCAUUUUCAUCUGGGGACCAAACAGCUACAGAUUUCCUUGUUAACAUCAAUGGCUCUUAUAUUAUUAUGCAUGUGCAGGUCUUAAAGGAGCGUAUGGUAACAUUACUUUUUCUGCUCUCUCUUUUUAUGGGCAUAAAGAGAAGAAAGGUAGAUCAUGAUCGAGCUUCCCUAACUUGGGGGAAUUUUUAUGGUGGCACCACCACAAUUCAGUUGGAUCACAUUUAAAACAUUUGCAUUUGUCUGGUGAAGCGAUAGGGUUUGCACAUGCUGUCCAUGAGUCUGUUUAAUUACUAUUCGAAAUUGCAUAUGUGAAAAUUAAAAUUGAUUAGCUAAUUCAAGAAUUAUUCAUAUCCGAACAUGCUUCAAAGAAUUGGUAAAUAAAAGGAUUUGUAAUCCAUUUCCAUCAUCCGACCACGGUAUUAUUAAGUUAAAGUCUAUUUGUGAUGUAUUUCAUUUCAUCUUGAGAUUUUCAGAGCAGCAAAAAAAUCUCAGCAGUUCUUAGUUUCAUACCAGGCUAGGCAUAUUUUUUUGUGUUACUACUACCUGAUAAUAUAUAAUAGGAAGUGAAAUCUUAGCGGAAAGAGUACAACCUAUUGAUUUUUUUUUUUUUUUCUUAUUAUUUAUGUUUGAAGUAUUCUUUUGGGUUGUAUUAUAGGUGCAUGGGACCAGUACUUGGGCUUAUGGGCUGGCAGGACUAGAGGGCCUUAACUUGGUUGCAUGGAGAUAAGCCCAAAUAUACCCCUUUUCAGGUUGAACUUCGACCUAAACAAAUGAUGGGAAUUGGGAAAAUAAAUGCAAUUAUGUGAGAUCAAGAUUAGGUCUUUUAGCAAUAAAUAAUAGACUAUGUCUUUUUAACAGGUAGGUUGAAUUUGUUUCGUCUCCAAACUACAGUCAAAUGUCAAUACUAAAUCAGACCA